GAGUGUCUGAUAACGUCGGUCCAAGGGACAGUAUGCAAGUUUGGGGAUCUGAGUUGCAUGUGCCGAGACGAGCAGUAUCAAGACGCGGCCACGACAUGUGUGAAAGCAGCCUGCAAAAUGUCGGAUGCCUUAGCGACCAAGAACCUGACGCAAGUAUCCUGCGGCCUGCCCAUGAGAGACAUUUCCGCGCAGUACACGUCCAUGAACAUCGCCUCGGGCGUCUUCGCCGUCCUCAUCGUCAUCGCCCGCCUGGUGUUCCGACGCUUCUUCAGCGGCAGCGGCCGGCUGGGCGUCGACGACUGGAUCAUCCUCGCCGCCAUCCUCAUCGCCGUUCCCGCCACCGUGCUCAACCAGAUCGGACUCGUCGACCACGGCAUCGGAAUGGACAUCUGGACGCUGCACCCGAGCGAGCUGCCCACCUUUGCAAAGUUCUUCUUCCUCAUGGAGCUCAUCUACAUCGUACAGAUGUCGCUGGUGAAGCUGAGCCUGUCCGUCUUUUAUCUCUACGUGUUCCCCGGACAGAAGAUUCGGCGGCUGUUGAUUGGGACGGCCGUCUUUAACGUCAUCUUUGGUGUUGUCUUCGUGGUGGCUGCCUUGACGCAGUGUAUACCGCUGCACUACUACUGGGCCCAGUACUUCGAUGACCCUCCGCAGGGAAGAUGCUUCGACUUGAACAAGUUUGCUUGGGCCAACGCAGGGCUGGGUCUCGCGGUGGACGUCUGGAUGAUUAUCCUGCCCAUGUCGCAGGUCAGGAAGCUGAAGCUGCACUGGAAGAAGAAGAUUGGCGUCGUCAUCAUGUUUACGCUCGGUGCCUUCGUAUCCCUGAUCUCUCUCAUCCGCCUCAAGUCGGUCACCUUCUUUGCCAACCUCAUCAACCCGACCUGGGACCAGUGGAACGUCGCCUGGUGGUCGACCAUGGAGGUCAACAUUGGCAUCAUCUGCACGUGCCUCCCGACCAUGCGCCUCAUCCUCAAGCGCAUCUUCCCCAAGCUC